CGGCAAGGGGUACAUUCAUCGAGGAGGAAUGGGCGGCAGCGCAGGCGCAGGCGCAGGCGGCGGGGGCGCUGGCGGUGCGGCUGUGGGGCCUGGCGGCGGCGCAAGGAGAUGCUGACGCGCAGUUCGGCCUGGCCUUGCUGCUCUCGACCGGAGGCACGCUCUCGACCGGAGGCACUCUCAUCUCCCACGGAUACGUCAACCUGGAUUACGUCGGCUUUGCGGCUUGGCGGCGGCGCAAGGUCACGCGCAGGCUCGAUUCGAUAUGUACGACUGCUUUUGCCGUCCGCGCGACGGAGCGGCCCGACCGCUCGGCCGCCGUCAAAAGGACCGCGCGGAGGCGCGGCGGUGGUUGGGCCUGGCGGUCGCACAGGGGUGCGCCGGGACGUGGCUCCCUACGGAACCGCGGUAUCUCUCUUCCUUGGCGCUCGCCCAGCGGGAACUCGCCCUCAUACUCUACGAGGGCCUCGGCGGCCCCAAGGACCACGCGGAGGCGCGGCGGUUGUGGGGCCUGGUCGCAUCACCUGACGAUGGGCGCGACUUGUGGUACCCCGCCAACGGAGACGCGCGUAGGCCCACCUCCGACUACGGAGACGCGCACUACUCCCUCGGUCUGAUGUGCCAGCGCGGCGAGGGUGGGCCUAGCGAUGAGGACGAGGCCUUGAGGCACUUUGACCUCGCAGUCGCUCGUUACUCGUACUCAGGGGACCUCGGCCUUCAGUUCGAGCGAGCAAGAGCCGCCGCCGCCAACAUUCGUGACGCCCGGGUGCGCGGUGGGUUGGAAUCUAUGGAGGAGUGUUGAGGCACAGGCGCACAGCAGUUACAGUCGUGUCGCCCCCGCCCCUCUCACUCUCUCUACUCUCCUCACACUGUUGCCAUUGUGCGAGAAACAAAGCUCAAAGGACG